AUCGGAUAUCAGAUCUUCGCCACAAUCGCCACGUUUUACGGACCACUUGUCUUCAUAUUAGCGCUCUAUUGGAAAAUAUUUCAGGUGGCGAGAAAGCGGAUCCGCCGUAAGCCGGGCAAACUGGUGGCACCGGUGAGCAGCGCUCAAACGCCCCGACCCUUAGCGCCGAGUCCUUCGUCGCAAAACAUGAAUAGCAUUAACGACGAUAUGAACACAACUACCGAUGAAUUAACGGACACUCAGUGUAAACAACAUAACGACAAAGAGAUUCAAUUGCAACAAAUGCAGCAACACUUGAGUCCCAAUCGGACCACUUUAACCACCAAUGGGUCCAAUAAUAAUCCAAAUCCCACCUCCAGUUCCAACCAUAAGAUCAGCUCAACUCUCGCCCAAAACACAGUUAAGGCUCAACACAAAAAGGCCACUAAUAAGGAGUCACUGGAGUCCAAAAGGGAGCGAAAAGCGGCCAAAACUCUGGCCAUAAUCACAGGUGUGUUUGUGAUGUGCUGGGCGCCGUUCUUCGUGAUGGCAGUACUGAUACCGAUAUACCCGCCAAUCGAGCCAAACAAAUAUAUAUCGAGUUUUUUCUUA